GCCACGGCUGUCCCGGAGUUCAAAACUAUCAUCAGUUGACGGCGCAUGCGCAUUAGGUCCACAAUGUGGCUCCACUGUAGUAGACCCUUUCGACAGUUCUAUACACGACAAUACGUAUUGAUCUCCAAAGGUUGUGUCCACCAGGUGCGCAGUAAUAGUAGCACCGAGUUUACAGACAGCUGCUAUGAUGGGCUUUAUCCUGGACAUAUCCACACCACCCCCAUCCAGAAAGCCAUGUUGGCCGUUGGUUCAGGUCUGGCUGCACUACAAAACCCCUACAGACACGACAUGGUUGCAGUACUCGGCGAGACGACAGGACACCUAGCACUGAUGAAUCUCAGGGACAAGAUGAGAAAUGACCCUGAAGGCUACACAAUCCUAACAGAAAGGCCGAGGAUCCGGUUGUCAACACUUGAUCUGAACAAGAUGGCCUCUCUGCCCGACGGCUCUUUCGGGAGAGAAUACCUUCGUUUUCUGGAGGACAAUCAUGUGACCCCCGACUCGAGGGCAGACGUAAAGUUUGUGGACAAUGAGGAGUUGGCUUACGUCAUGCAGAGAUACAGAGAGGUCCACGAUUUGUUGCACACCUUGCUGGGAAUGCCCACCAACAUGCUGGGUGAAGUGGCGGUAAAAUGGUUUGAAGCUGCUCAGACUGGGCUUCCCAUGUGUGCUCUUGGAGCCAUGUUGGGCCCACUCCGGCUAAAUGCAAGCCGCUUACAGUCGCUGUUCACGUCUUUGGGCCCUUGGGCUCUGCAGAAUGGUCGUCAGGCCCGCUGCGUCCUCAGCAUCUUUUACGAGAGACGAUGGGCGCAGAGCAUCGAAGACCUCCGACAAGAACUCAACAUAGAGCCCCCUCCUGUCAUAGUCAGUGCUACCAGCAAGAAGAACACCUGAGAAAGAUCGAAAUAAGGCAGAAUGAUUCAGGAUCCACCAGGCAAAAGACUGUUUUUCAGUGAGCAAACCAGAAAUAGUUGUGUGUUUUUUUACAGUCUGGAUUCAUUAAUAAGAAAUUCAGAAACUUUCACAAUUACAAAACGUUGGCUUGUCAGCAAUUACUUUAAAUUAUGAAUCACUUUGAGUGAAGUAAUGUCAACGGUUGAAAUGUUGCGUGUUGUAUGUUCCUCCCAACAAGGAGGUCGGGUUCAACAGGUCAUGUUCAACUGCAUCUGUUGUUCCGAAUAUGACAGAAAGUGUGUACUUGUAUCAAGGAUUGAAAAAAAAGAAUGAUUAUGUCUGUUAUUAAGUA